ACAGAGGAGGAGGCAGAAUUAACCAGCGGUAGGGCCAUGAGGUCAUCCCAAAGGGCCCAUCCGCCUCCUUACGAGCUUCGCCCUCGCCCGACUGCCCCUUUGGCGCCUCCUUAUGAGGAACACCUUGGGCCAAAGACUUUUUCAUUUAUCCCUGACAAGGUCAAGAGAAAGCUGCACCUGGCCUUCCCCGUUUACGAAGGGGAAAAUGGACGGGUGUAUGCGCCUGUGGAGUACAACCAAAUAAAAGAAUUAGCAGAGUCAGUUAGAAAAUAUGGAGUGACCGCUAAUUUCACAUUAGCCCAAUUGGACAGAUUAGCCUUGAGUGCCAUGACUCCGGCAGACUGGGAGACAGUUGCAAAAGCGUCGCUUGUCAGCAUGGGUCAAUAUUUGGAGUGGAAAGCUCUGUGGCAUGAGGCGGCCCAGGAACAGGCCAGAGCUAACGCUCACGCCUUAACUCCAGAACAACAACAAUGGACUUUUGACCUCCUGACUGGGCAAGGGCGCUUCACCGCUGCCCAGAUAGACUACCCUUAUGACGCCUACCGCCAGAUAGCCAAUACAGCUAUAAGAGCAUGGAAAGCUUUGUCUAAAAAGGGAGAAGGAAGCACCCCGCUCACCAAGAUUAUACAAGGGACUCAGGAGCCUUUUUCAGAUUUUGUGGCUAGAAUGACUGAGGCAGCAGGACGCAUUUUUGGCGACACUGAUAUGGCCACGCCACUCAUAGAGCAGCUCAUUUUUGAGCAAGCUACGCAGGAGUGCCGUGCGGCCAUAGCCCCCAGGAAAAAUAAAGAAUUACAGGACUGGCUCAGGGUCUGUAGAGAACUAGGAGGACCCCUGACGAAUGCGGGUUUGGCUGCAGCCAUCAUGCAGUCACAAAAACACCCUUUUAAAGGGCCAGACAGAAGAGUUUGCUUUAAAUGUGGGAAGCCAGGACAUUUAAAAAAGGAUUGUAGGUCAUCAGAAAAGGAGAGAGCGCCUCCUACCCUCUGCUCACGCUGUGGCAAAGGUUAUCACAGGGCUGAGCUCUGCCGCUCCGUUAGGGAUGUCCAUGGCAAGAUCCUCCCACCAUUAGGAAACCCACAGACUGCCAAAAACGGGGUGAUGGGCCCUCGGUCCCAGGGCCCUCAGAAAUAUGGGAACAAGUUUGUCAGGGCAACGACCAAGGAACCCUCGGAGGCAGAACAAGAAUGGACUUGUGUGCCUCCACCGACUUCCUAUUGA